AUGCUGCUGCCGCGCUCAGCGCGAGGCCACCCUCGGAGCGCUCUCCGCCUUCUCGCGCGCCCCGCGCCGCGAGCAGCCCGCGCCGGCCUGCCCGCCCUCGUCGACUCGUGGACCCGGAUCACGACCGUCGCCGACCGACUCGCGCACCGCCGCCUGAACCAAGGCAAGGAGUACGAGGCGCUGCAUGACGCGCUCGAGCGCGCCGUCGAGGUCGAGGGCCGAGGAUGGCGGCCCAAGGAGGUCGAGCAGACGGAGCGCGAGGUGAGGGCGACGAGCGGCGUGGCGGCAGACGUCGCCGAGACCGAGGGUGCGAGCGCGAGGAGGAGUCUCGAGUCGGUCGUCGAGGAGCUCAAGCAGUACGGCGAGAACUGCGCGAGCUUGCGAGGCCUUGAUGGGCGGCACGCGGCGGUCGGCAGCGACAGCCUCAACUCCCGGCGCUCGUUGGUCACUCGUUCGCCCUUGUUCAACAUCGCCCCGCGACACGCUAUCGACGCUCCUCACGACCAAGCACGGCUGGGUCUGAGCCAACCCGCACCGCCGCAGCGGCGUCCGCUCGGACCCUGGAGCGUCGCGAAGCGCUCGCAGGUUGUCGAGGCGGACCCGGCCGCCCUCGAGACGUGUGCGGUACCGGUCGCGGCGUGGCAGUCGGCGGGCUACUUCUGA